CAUAAGCCCAAAACAUUUCUCCCGCAGAUGAGAGUCUAGAGGGAGCGACAGGGAUGAAGGAGGGGAGCGCGGUUCUCGAGUGAAAAAUGGGCUCCAGCGCCCAGCUAGCCGUACCAAUCAGCAGGCUGACUGCAUUGCGAUGUCCGGGACACAGUUCGGCCUCCCUGAGUGCGCUGUGUUCGUGAGUUAUUGUGAAGUUUAACAUGUGGGAGGAGGAGGAGGUGGUGGUGGUUUUGUCGAGAGCGACGUCUCCUCUCCAGUUGUCCAGGACAAGAUGGCAGCAGCGCAAGCAGAUGUCCACGGCAUGAGUACAUUUAUAAGUGUAUAAAAUGUUCGGAGAAGAAUCGGAUCCUACCAACUCUUACUCUAUGUGAAGGUAUGGCCUCACAAGUUUUGGUCUACCCACCACAUGUUUAUCAAACUCAGACAAGUGCCUUUUGCAGUGUGAAGAAACUCAAAGUCGAACCCAACAACUGUGUUUACCAUGACAGGGCCUUCCCACUGACUUUUUUGAAUGGUAGAACCCUUGGCAUUGCACAGCCGACAUACAAGACACGAGACUUUGCAGCUGGCCAACACCGCUGGCAGAACUUUCCAGUGCAGACUGUCGCCGUACGAGGUGUACAGCGACAAAAGACCAGUGCAGCAGCACCUCAUAAAGAAAGAGGUGUUCUGUUACAGGGAAAAGAGCCGGAAGACCCGGAAAAAGGCAGGAAGAGCAGCAGUGGAGCUUCAGGGGCAGCUGGAGGGGUCAGGGGUGAGGACAGUGGAAGUAGAGGGGGAGGCGGAGGAGAAGGUGGUGGAGGGGCUGACGAGAGGAAGGGAGAAGACACCUGUAAUUUUAACUUGGCGGACAGUUCCCAGCGAUGCGGGCUGAAACGUAAGAGCGAGGAGCUUGAGAACGUGGGAAGCGCCAUGCAGAUAGUAGAGGACCUGUCCAUGUUACCCGCAAUGUUGCAAGCAAAUGUGGGGAACCCACCGGUGGCGGUCCCAGCAGCGGUAGGAGGAGGGCCUGUAAAACAGGGAGGUGGAACCGGCAAUGGGGACGGCGACUACCAGCUGGUGCAGCACGAGGUUCUUUGUUCAAUGAAGAAUACUUAUGAGGUGCUGGACUUUCUUGGCCGCGGUACCUUUGGCCAAGUGGUCAAAUGCUGGAAACGAGGCACCAGUGAGGUGGUGGCCGUAAAGAUCCUGAAAAAUCACCCAUCGUAUGCGCGACAGGGCCAGAUCGAGGUGGGCAUCUUGGCCCGUCUCAGCGGAGAGAACGCGGACGAGCAUAACCUGGUGCGGGCUUUCGAGUGCUUCCAGCACCGUAACCAUACCUGCCUUGUGUUUGAGAUGCUUGAGCAGAACCUGUAUGACUUCCUCAAGCAAAACAAAUUCAGCCCGCUGCCUCUGAAGGUGAUCAGGCCCAUUCUUCAGCAGGUUGCUACAGCACUGAAGAAGUUGAAAGCGAUGGGUUUGAUUCAUGCUGAUCUGAAGCCUGAAAACAUCAUGCUUGUGGACCCUGUGCGACAGCCGUACCGGGUGAAGGUCAUAGACUUUGGCUCAGCAAGCCAUGUCUCCAAAGCAGUUUGCUCCACGUACCUCCAGUCACGGUACUACAGGGCUCCGGAGAUCAUUCUGGGCCUGCCGUUUUGUGAAGCCAUAGACAUGUGGUCGCUGGGCUGUGUGAUAGCUGAGCUCUUCCUGGGCUGGCCCCUCUACCCUGGGGCUCUGGAGUAUGACCAGAUUCGCUACAUUUCCCAGACGCAGGGCCUACCAGGAGAGCACUUGUUGAACGUGGGGACUAAGACAUCACGUUUCUUCUGCAGAGAGUCGGAUUCCCCUUAUGCAGCAUGGAGACUGAAAUCAACAGAGGAACAUGAGACAGAAACAGGGAUGAAAUCAAAAGAAGCCAGAAAGUACAUAUUCAGCUGUUUGGAUGAUAUAGCGCAUGUGAACUUGGUGAUGAAUCUGGAAGGCAGUGACUUAUUGGCAGAGAAGGUGGACCGUGGAGAGUUUGUGGUCUUGCUGAAAAAGAUGUUGUUAAUAGAUGCAGAAAAGAGAAUAGUCCCCAGUGAUGCCCUCAACCAUCCCUUUGUCACCAUGCAGCACUUGCUGGACUUUCCCCAAAGCAACCAUGUGAAAUCUUGUUUCAACAUCAUGGAUGUGUGCCGGUCGCGUCCUGGCACAUACGACACCAUCAACCGGAACAAGGCUCCGUUUGUGAGGCCUGUCACCACCUCGGCGCCCAACCUGACCGUGCCCUUCAGCAAGAUGGCCGGCGUGCACCCUCAACCUUUAGCCCCAUCUGCACCCUCUGUUAUGCAUCCUGGGAUCCCACUGCAGACAGGUGCUCAGUUUGGGGACUCCUUUCAGCAAGCACUGAUUCUCUGUCCCCCAACCAUACAAGGCCUCCCUCCAAAUCCAAAUAAGCCAGCGGGCUAUUCUGUAAGAAUGGAGAACACGGUGCCCCUUGUUACCCAGGCCCCAGCCAUCCAGCCUCUACAGAUUAGACCAGGGGUCAUCACACAGCAGGCCUGGUCUAAUAGGGCCCAGCAGAUCCUGGUACCUGCCUGGCAACAGGUGACCCCAGUGGCCCCCCCAGCAACCACACUGGCUUCUGAUUCUGUGGCAGGUCCACAGAGACUGGCAGACUGGGGCAAAGUUCGUCCCCAUGGUAACCAUUACAGCUCCAUUAUCCCCCACCCCCAGCCACUCCUAACCAACCAAAUGACAAUGUCAGCACAUCAACCAAUUAGCAUAGGCAUCGCUCAUGUGGUGUGGCCACAGCCAGCUGCUAACAAGAGAAAUAAACCCUGUGGAAACAGGAGUAACUUCUUACACAACACCAACACCCAAAACUCCACUUGCCAAUCCCCAAAGAUGGCUAACCUUGGAAAAAACCCAGAGGAAGAGGAGGAAGUAGAAGAUCACUGUCCAGAAGCAGAGUGUGUGGUGGAGGCGGAAUCACAGGCAGUGGAGGAGGAGGAACCUAUGUGUUGUAAGGUGGAGCCGGAACCAAAUGAGCUGGGUGUCUCGCAGAAGCAGAGGCAGGCGAUUGUGAUAGCAGACACACCAAGCCCAAGUAGUAGUGUCAUUAGCAUCAGCAGUGAUACAGAUGAGGAAGAUGAGCAGAGAGCACAGAGACACUCAUUAGAGUGUAAAGGCAGUCAGGAUUGCGAGGCUUGUCAGAGCACUCUGAAUAUGGAGCGUGUCUGUUCCCUUAGCAGUCCUGACUCAAGCCUCAGUACCAGCUCUUCAACCUCACUGCAGUCCAGCGCUUCACCCUGCAAGAGGCCUAACAGUAUGUCUGAUGAUGAACAAGAGAGUGGCUGUGACACAGUCGACGGCUCGCCUGCCUCUGAUUCCUCUGGUCGAGCAGACAGUCCUUUUCUGGAGAGUCGCUACAUUGCUGACCGGAACGAGAACUGCAAACCCCGUGUAACCACAGAGACAGAGUCGGGCAAACCGCCCAUACGGACCAUGGUGGUGCCUCCCAUGAGGGUUCAGAACAACAAUGAACCCUUGGCCAGGACAGUACUAGAGUCAUCGUGCCUGUCCAAAGGCCGCAGUGGUCACAACAGACAGUUCCACCACUCUGUGUCACUUCUGAACCGGCAACCGAAGAUCACACCUGCAUCCCAGGCCCAGCACCCCCCACAGCCACAGCAGCCACCGCCCACUUUUGGACAGGUCCAGCAUUACAACUCCUCCCACCAGGAGUGGAACGGCAACUACAGCCACCGCCGGCCUCAGGCCUUCAUCCCCCCUACAAUACAUGGCCACACUUUUACGUUACCACACGGCAGCCCCACCCACACUACGGCCCACCCACCUCCGCCACACUUAGGCGUCCACCCCCAUGCCCAUGCCCAGCCCGCCCUGCUCUCCUACCCCGCUUCUGCUCCUCUGGUAACAGCCACCCCCAUGGCCCACCUCCUGGCCUCUCCUGGGGCCACACGGACCCACGUCCUUCAGCCGGCCUACAGCCUGUCCCACCCAGCCGGCCACAUGGUGCACCCUGUCGCCGUGGGCCUCAACCCCCGCCUGCUCCCAUCGCCUACCCUCCACCCCCAGGGCCAGUUCAAGCCCCUCUUUCCCCCACACUCCUACAUUGCCUCACCUGCAUACGCAGGCUUCCCCCUCAGCCCCACCAAACUCAGCCAGUACCCAUACAUCUGAGGCCCGCUUCUCAGAGGGGGCAGCCUGCCUAUGCCAGUUCCCUAGCAUUGGCCUUUAGGCCUAGAGCGGUGCCCUUUACAGGAACCACAAACCACCUGGUUUUCAUGCCCAAAGCCAUGGCACAAGAGAGAAAGCAAGCUAUUUUUCUG